AUGAUUGUCACUCGAACUUUGUACUUUAUUGAAUCGAUCGUCAUUCUGAUGCUCUCUGUAUGUAUUCUAACCGAACAACAGCAACAGCAGCGAUCUACCAGUCAGUUAUAUCAUAUUCUUACUUCGUUAAAACCGCUUCGUCCUCAAAUAUGUCAGUUCAAAUUUGAAAAUUGUAUUCAAGACUCUUCCUACGCUGAUCAACUAAAUACAGAUUGUGAUAUCUAUUCGCGUCUACGCGACUGCUUCCGAUCCUUGCUCGACGAAUCUCAAUGUUCAUCAACGCAACUGAAACGCCAAUAUAAACAAGCAAAGAAAAGUGAAUAUGAAGCAUGUGGAGUUACAUCAGUGUAUGAAAAGACACGGUCAUCUUGGUAUACUUCCUCAUCAACCAAAUUGCAUACUACCUGUCAAACACUGCUGUCACUUGUACUACUUCAAUCAUUCAUUUGA